AUCAACAUGAGGAAGCAGAAGUAUGAAGAGAGAGAUCCAGAGAAACUCCUGCAGUCCAACAGAGAAGUGAUCCUCAAACUUGCUGAAGUGGCUUUCAGACAGCUGAUGAAGGGCAAUGUGAUGUUCUAUGAGGAGGACCUGAUUGAGAGCGGCAUAGACGUCACUGACGCCUCAGUGUAUUCUGGGAUCUGCACUGAGAUCUUCAAGGAGGAAUCUGUGAUUCAUCAGAGGAAAGUCUACAGCUUCAUCCAUCUCAGCUUUCAGGAGUUUCUGGCUGCUUUCUUUGUGUUUCACUGCCAUUUAACGAAGAAGAGAAAACCGCUGGAGUUGAUUUUAGGACAUUCAUAUGAUCAAUAUAUACAGGCCAGCUCUAAAAAGUCUCUGUAUGAUCUGCUCAGAUCAGCAGUAGAUAAAGCUGUAGAGAGUAGUAAUGGUCAUCUGGAUCUGUUCCUGCGGUUCCUGCUGGGCACCUCACUGGAGUCCAAUCAGAGACUCUUCCAGGAUCUGCUGACACCCACAGAGGAGAGCUCAGAGAACAUCAGGAGAAUCACACAGCACAUUAAAGACAAGAUCAAGAGAGAUGACCGAUAUUAUGACCGUCUCUCAGCUGAAAGAUCCAUCAAUCUGUUCCUCUGUCUUCACCGACCAUUGAGGGGCUGGUUCCUGCUUCCAGGCUUGGCGAGCCACAUCCAAGAGCCCGCGGGGUUGACGGCCAAAUAA